GGACAGAAGAACGCAACAUGUUUGCAGUAACAGUUUGUAUCCUGGGAUUGCUCCAUUUGAGCGCUGCCUGCAACUUGGUGAGCGUCUGUACAGACCUGACUUCUGUUCAGCAGGAGAUCGUGGAUCUACACAACGCCUACCGAAGGGCUGUGGAGCCGACUGCCAGCAACAUGCUGAAAAUGCGUUGGAGCGAUGCAGUGGCAGAGUCAGCUCAAGGCUGGAUUGAUCAGUGUAACAUGACACAUGGACCACCGAGCAGCCGCCUGAUUGACAGAUAUGAAAUGGGUGAAAAUCUCUUCAAGGGCUCUGCGCUUUAUUCAUGGACUGAUGUGAUAAAUGCCUGGCACAGCGAAGUCAACAAUUAUGAAUAUCCCACCGGAUCCACCAACGGUCAGCCGAUUGGACAUUACACACAGGUGGUGUGGUACAGCUCAUAUGAGGUCGGUUGUGCCGUGGCUCAGUGUGGAAGCUCCUACUUCUACGGAUGCCAUUACUACAGAGCAGGGAAUUUCAGAGGAGUCCCGCCGUACUCGCUGGGUGAUCCGUGUGCUGCCUGUCCGGAUGACUGUGAAGAUGAUCUGUGCACCAAUCCCUGUCCGUACAUCAACACGUUCACCAAUUGCGAUGAACUGAAAGAGAUGGCCACUUGUGACCACUCCCUGGUGAGCCAGUGGUGUCCAGCCAGUUGUCAAUGUGAAGACAAAAUCAUCCCCAUUGCGAGGAAAUGAAAUCUACCAUGACCAUAUAUCAAAUGAAGCAUGGCCUUUUUUUGGAUAGUUGAAGCCCAUCUUACCUAUAAUGUGAAAUACAUAUUCUAACUUC